CUUGGCCANACCGCCUCUCUUGAUGCAGGUGCUUCAUGCUCAAAAUCUGAUGUGGCUGCCAAGGGUCAAGAUGAGAAAAAUGCAAGCACCUCCCCUGAUGCCUCUGUUCCUCAGGGGUCUCAGGGAGUUUCAUCCACUGCCUCUCUUGAUGCAGGCAUUUCAUGCUCAAAAUCUGAUAUGGCUGGCUUGAAUCAAGAUGGGGAAAGUGCAAUCACCUCCCAGAGAGCUGCCUUCUUUAAGACCACAGAUCGAGAUCCUCUAAACAGGAAGGCGAGUGCGUUGGUGCAUUUCCUACAGGAGAAGUUUGAGAAGAAAGAGAUCAUUUUGAAGGCAGACAUGUUGAAGCGUAUUAGCAGAAAGUACAAGGAAUACUUGCCUGAGAUCCUCAAGAAAACCUCCAACCAUUUGGCAGUGGUUUUUGGCGUUGAAUUGAAAGAAAUGGAUUCCAGCGGUGAAUCCUACACCCUUGUCAACAAGCUGGGCCUCUCCGGUGAAGGCAUUCUGAGUGGUGUUAAUGGGCUGGCGAAGUCGGGUAUCCUGGUGUCUCUCCUGAGUUUCAUUUUCAUGAGAGGGAACCGUGCCACUGAAAAGGAGGUCUGGGACUUCCUGGGUGUUUUGGGGAUCUAUGACGGAAUCACGCACUCAAUCUAUGGGGAGCCCCGGAAGAUCAUUACAGAAGAUUUGGUGCAAGAUAAGUACCUGGAGUACCGGCAGGUGUGCAACAGUGAUCCUCCAUGCUAUGAGUUCCUGUGGGGUCCACGAGCCCAUGCUGAAACCAGUAAGAUGAGAGUCCUGAGAGCUUUGGCCAGUAUCAAUAACACUGCCCCCGGUUCCUACCCACAUCUGUAUGAAGAGGCUUUGGUAGAUGAGGUACAGAAAGCAUUGAGAGUGAACUUUUAAGGCAGGGCUGGUACGGUUUCCUUGGCCAGGGCACCUUACGGGGCCACAUCCUACAGAUCCUCCCAUUUCUAGGGAGGUCUGAAGUAGAAUUUUUUUUUGAUGUUAGAGGAGAGUAAUGAGCCUUCUAAGUAGUGCAGUAUAGUAGAGGCUGGAGGGAACAGGACGUGUUUCUUUCUUUUGUCCUGUUACAGAUGAGUAAUUUGUAGAUUUAUGUUUUGCUUUCUUUGUCAAUUUUCAAGAUUGUUCCUGUUAAGUGAAGGUUUAUUUUGCUUCAUACUAUAAAUGUAUCAGUAACAUAGCUCUCACAUUCAUAGCUGUUUAACCAAUUUGGAAGUUAUGGUUUUGGUAUUAAUAAAACAAAAUCAUACACCAUUCAUAUUUUCUUUAUAAUUCAAAACUAGAUAACAUGGUAAUAGAGAAGGGAUUUUGAUAUGAAUCUUAAAGAACUCCACAGUAAACUAGUUGACACCAUAAUAGGAUGAGAAAGCAAAGUAAAAACGGAAAUGUAAAAGUUGCCUAAUUCUUGGUUUGCCUUAUUCCUUAUUUCUUUUAAUACAAAUAAAGGAUGCUUGGAUUCAUU